AGAGGAGUUUCAAGAAUGGUCGUUUCGGGAAACAGUGCUGUGCUACGGCCUUGCAUUAAAGAGGUAAUUUUUGUUUCAGGAGUUCAGCAAUCGGUUCGGCCGAUUACGCGAAGAGUUGCUGAACUUCCCUCAUUGCGCUAUGGUGCAAUAGGGGCCAAAACUGCAAGCACAGGACCUUUGAGAGUCACAAGACACCAUGAAAGUGUCACGAGUAAGAAAAAAGAUGCCCGGAAUUGCAAUGAUGGAAAAAGUUGCAGGACGGCUCGCCGCGUCCGCUUCGCCCUCCCCCCCACAGAUGUCGCCCCCAUCACCGGAGGCGUCGCCGUCGCCUCGGUGGCGGGAGACGGCUGGUUACGAACUCGCGCUCCUUUCAGUAAGCGUUCAGAUGCACAUCGCUCAGAAAGCAGCGUCGGAGUUUAUCCCACAGACGCCGUCGUCCCACGUCGCGACGUCCCAGUCACCGCGUCCCCGGGCGUCCGGAACAGAGUUCAUCCCACAGGAAGAUACGUCCGCGGCACACUGUCUCCCACGGCCAGCGCGUCGCCACACGCGGCCGCCUCUCCAGAAGGUCAGGCCCUUCUGAGGGCGGCCCGCGACGCCGACGACCAUCUCCUGAGGGACCUGUUGAGGAGGGCCGCGCUGGUCGGCAUCGCCGACUGUGAUUUGAAUGCGGUCGACAGCAGCGGAAGGACGGCACUCAGCUACAUCGCAUCAAACGGAUCGAUAGACUUAUUGGAACAAAUAUUACAAUUACCGAGUUUGGAUCCGAACAAACCGGAUAACGAAGGCAAUACUCCUCUGCAUUUUGCUGCUCAAGCUGGACAAGUUGAAUGUUUAAAUUGUUUGUUAAGUCGUCGAGGAAUCGAAAUCGAUGCUAGGAAUAAUUUAGGUUUCACGGCUUUGAUGAAAGCCGCGCUUCAAGGAAGGAACAAAUGUGCCAAAUUAUUACUGUUUGCUGGAGCGAAUCCGACAUUGCGUGAUAAUGGACGUGGAUUUCGGGCCGAUCAGUGGGCGAGAUUUUGCGGUCGGUAUGUUUGUGCCGAUGUUAUUGAGAAACAUGCCAGACAACGGCUUUUGGAGAGGUCGACGUCGUAUGGGAAUUGGGGCGGAGAGAACGAGCUGGGGGCUAGGGUCCUUAUGGGAAAAGUCGUGCCAGUUCCACCGAUUCCGCAACAAUCCUCGAAUGGCCUCAAAUCGAAGCUGAAGAAAGUGUUUCGCACGUCUUCCGGCACCGGCCGCCACGAAGACUCCUUUUCCAGUGCCAGACUAGUCACCCAAUUGACUUCGGCCGCCUUAUGCGCCAGCUCUCCUGUUCUUCCUACAGCCCCCACAGUCCCCCCAGUGGUCAAAUCCCUAAUCCGGCCCCUCACCGUCCCCAAACUCCAGAUCACUUUAGUCAACAACAACGGCGACUACCCCAACAACAACCUCCCGAAUGGGGUGCUGGCCCCAAAACCGCCCCCCGACUCCAAAACACCAAUCAUCAAACCGACAAGAGCAAAAAAGAAGAAAUAACAAAAAAACAUUUCUGCAAUUGGUUGGCAGAAAUGAAGACGAAAUGAGAGACUGGUUGUAGGGUUGUAGUUUUACUAUUGUGAUUGUAUAGAGUUUUUUUAUUAGCACAAUAAUCGUAAUCUUUAUACAGGGUGUUCCGGCUAAACUACACAUAGAAGUAUUUAUUUGUCUUAAAUUUUGGAUGCAACUAUAAUUGGGUAAGUCCUACGCAAUGAAAAUAUUUUUAAGAUGGUGGCACUUCCGGUUAUGCCGGGAGUUCGUUAUUUGAAAUGACAAGCUAUGUUUUUUAUUGCGUUUUUGGAUCACUCAAGUGAUUUUGAGAUAGUUUUUAUUAACCUUCCCUAUACCUAAGUUUUACCGUUUUCGAAAUAUUUGGAGUUUUUUGAUUUUUUUUUGGUUUUGCACCUGCGUCUUCAAAAAUUGAUAACUUUGCCAUUUUUAAUUAUUUUAACAUCGAAUUUGGCCAUAUGAAAGACAAAGGCCAGAUCUUUCUUUUGGUAUAUUCAUAAUUGAAAUAAUAGUUAACAAACCCCCGAAAUUUGGGGUUAAGUUUGGGAAACUUCAACUUUUCAAAUGAAAGACUCUAAUUUUUUCUUUACCAAAUUAAAGAGACUUUAAUUCAGAUUUAAGUUCAGAUUCUCUAUUGCCAAAUUUUCAAAACGUAGAAAAAAUAAAAAAAACUGUAAUUUUUUUUUCAAUAUCUUGACUUUUUUUACAUUUCGAGAAAUUUAUUACUAUUCAAUUGUUUUGACAUGGAAAUAUUUCUCACUGAAUAAACGACAAGUUUUUUUCAAAUUACAAAUUAAAUUCAUUUUAUCUAAAUUUAAAUAAAUUUUAUUUUCUAUUUUUUUAUUACCCUAACCAAUGAAUUUCUCCCAAUAUCAAAAAAAGUUACUAAAAUACUAGGAAAUGUUAAUACAGACUGAAGUACAAUUAAAUACUCCUCCAUUUAGUAAAAAAUAGUGUGUUUAAAAAAAAACAAUUUUAGCUAAAAAAUUUGGUUAAACACUUAAAAAUGGCGAAAAAAUGCAUUUUCUCGGUAAAUUGGUGAUUUUUUUGCAAAUCACAUUCACAGUCAGAAUUGUUUAGUAAAUUUUAAAUUCAGAUUUAUAAAUCGGUAAUUAGUGUGAUUUUCAAAAUUCUUUUUUAAAGUUCAACGAAUGAAAAUUUUAGAUUUUUUAGCUUAGAAUUGCCAGUGUUAAGUUUAGAAUUUGGCAUUAAAUUACAAAAUUCAAUUGUUUUGGUAUAUAUAACCAUGGAGAUAUUUCUCACAGUUUUUUGUUUCACAAUUUUGUUAUUCUUUUCGUAAAUACAAAUUAAAUUCAUUUCAUAUAAAUUUAAUUAAUUCUUAUUUUCAAUUUUUUUAUUACCCUAACUAAUGGAUUUCUCCCAAUAUCAAAAAAAGUUACUAAAAUACUAAAAAUAGAUGUGGGAAAUGUUAACACAGAUUGAAGUACAAUUAAAUACUCCUCCAUUUAGUAAAAAAACAUUUUAGCUAAAAAAUUUGGUUAAAAAUGGCAAAAAAAAUGCAUUUUCGUGGUAAAUUGGUGAUUUUUUUGCAAAUCACAUUCACAGUCAGAAUUUUUUAGUAAACUUUAAAUUCAGAUUUAUAAAUCGCUAAUUAGUGUAAUGAAAAUUUUAGAUUUUUUAGCUUAGAAUUGCCAAUGUUAAGUUUAGAAUUUGGCAUUAAAUUACACAAUUUUAACAAUUUCUUUAAUAAAUAAUAAAUACUUGCGUUUGUGACUGAAAAACGCACUAAGAUUUUUAAUAAUGAAACAAUUUACAUAAUUUUUGACUUAAUUUAAUAAUUAUACGAUCCAAUUAAGGUGCGUAAUCUCUUAAAAAAAGGCAUAAAUUUUGUAAAAAAAUUGUAAUUUGAACAAAAUUUCUCCAAAAAUUGAAUUUUUUGCUCAAAAACUUGCUUAAACGUUUGAAAAGCUUCAAAUUAACAUCAUUUGAUAAUUUUCUAGUUAAUUCUUGAUUAAAUUUUAAGAAAAAAAAAUACGUUUCUAACUAAAACUAUUUUUUUUUUACUGAAAAACUGUGUAUUUUAAUGUCAUUUAAUUUUGUAAUUUGGAAUUCUACUUUCUAGGCGUCUAAAUUUCAAUCCUCAAACUCACAAAAAUAAAUUUAAUGCUGCAUCAAGUUAUUUUGACUUUUUUUAUAUUUCGAAAAAUUUAUUACUAUUCAUUUGUUUUGGUAUAGUUAGCCAAGGAAAUAUUUCUCACAGAAUAAACGACAAGUUUUUUUUCACAAUUUUUUUUUCAGUUAUAAACCAACAAAAAGAAAGAUUGGACCUUUCUCUUGUAAAUCCCCAAAUACGAUUUCAUAAUAGUUAAAAAUUUCAAAAAUAUAGAUUUUUGAAAAAAAUACAAACCCAAAAAUUUUCAAAAAAGUAAAAAAUCUCAAAAAAUUAGGUAUAGAAAAGUCGAUAAUAAAACCGGAAGUGGCGCCAUCUUGAAAAUAUUUUCAAAGAGCAAUUUUUUUAACGCGGAGUUUAGUCAAAACACCCUGUAUGACACCAUAACUUGCAUAAUAAAUUAAGUAAAUAAAUAUUGCGAGUUGAUUAAUUAUGAGCUGUUUCGAUUUGUGUGCUUGGGCACGUUUCCAAAGCCAAUUUGUGAACACAACAUGAAAUAAAUCGAGAAACUCAAAGUUUUAUUUAUUUAAUUUAUUGUCAAGGUGGUUUCUGGGUCUAGUUUACGAGAUAUUAGACAAAAUCUACUUGUAUUUUGGUGGCAGUUUACACGUUUUAUUGGCCUUUAACCAUAUCGACGUUAUGGGAUCAAAAUCGUAACAUUGUCUAGCUUCUAGCCUUCAUAUUGUGAUACGAUAUUGGCAUGUCUUGAAUAUUAUUAUUAAAUAUUAAAUAAAGAAAGUUUAGACGACUGAACCUACCACUAUACUAGUGCUUGUUAAUAAUAAAAAAAAAUAUUCCUUGCUUGUUACCUUUUCAAUGUUUAUUAUUACAUAUCUGUCAAAAUUGUGGUUGUUAUUAAUGAAAGAAUUGUUAGGCAACACGAAGACUAACCCAGAAUAUUAUAGGGCGUAUACAGUUUUGAUGUUUUUAUUAUUUUUUUUAAUCGAUGUACUUAUUUAAAAAUAAAUCUUUGUAAAAACGUG